AUGCCCUCUCCGACGAACGCGCGUGCAGCAACCGCGCCCGGUGCAGGCGGCGACGUGGACGACGAGGCAGCGCGACGAGCGGCUGCUCUGCUCGACGCGAGUCCGGGCAUCUACACGCUCAGGAAGAGGAAACGGAUGUCGAUGGACGAGCAGGACGAUGGGCCGGACGGGGAGGCGGUGGAACCGGUCGCGGAGAAGAAGCAGGUCGAGCAGAAGGGGAAGAAGGGAGUCGGGAAGAAGGGAGGAAAGGCGCCGGCGAAGAGCAAGGCGCCUGUCGCCAAGAAGGCUCGUGCAGGACUCUUUGCGCGUGACGAACAAGCGCCACCUGCAGGAGCGGCGGCAAAGGCGGAAGUCGAGGAUCCUGCCGACAACUCUUCCCUCACUUCCCUCAGCGACCUCGACGAGCGCGAGCCUGCCGCCACAUCUUCGCCCGCACCUUUGCACUCUUCGCCGAAGCCUACCGAGCGGAAGUUCGUCACCGUCGAGACGGAAGAGGAAGACGAGCUCGAGCAGGACGAGCCGGACGAGCCGAGCGAAGACGACGAGUUCGACCCUUUCAAGCCGGCGCCUGCUGCGACGAAGUCGAAGAUUUUCGGUGGACGGAAGCCCAAAGUGCCGGCGGCGAAAAGUAAGGUGAAUGGCAAGGCGAAGGGCAAGCGUCCUCCGGCGAAACAGAAGGCUCCGACGAAACCGGCAGCAGCGCGACUUCCUCUGCAAACGCAGGCGCCUCCGACCAUGAGCAACCGCUCGCGAUCGCGGCCUCCAGCACGCACUCAGUCUUCGAAGGAUCUCCCUCGCGUCGCGACCGACUUUCGCCCGCCUUCCAUGCCCUCCGUCAUGGAGCUUUACGAGCGCCGCGAGGAAGUGCUGCAGCAUGCAAGGCUAGAGGCGACUCGAGAUGCCCAAUUGCAGAUCCGCUCAGAAGACUUGAUAGCGACGGCGCUCGAAUCGCUCGAAACCGGCUCACAGCAGACUGCGCUCUCCCUCGCCAUGAACCGCUACUCGUCCUUCUGCGCACACCCAGCCGUCGACAUCCCGCCUUUCCCCAUUACGCCGACGAAAAUCAGUCUCUUCCUUUCCCGCGUCCCGACUGGUACCCUCCCCUUGCUCCUUCUCUCCGUCUUUCCUCAGCCCGACGUCUACCCCAUCCCCGUUGCCGGCGUACUCGAUCCGAACCUCACCCCGGACGAGUCGACCCGUGUCACCCAAGAGCUCGUCCGUUGCUGGGUCGACGCCUUCUCGUUCGCCCAGAUGGCGACGAGGGACAUCUGGGAGCCCGUUCUCGACCGCGACCGCUUCGAGGCGCGCGCAAGGGAAGACAGUCCGCCCUCGCAGCCUCGUGGUACGCUGCACCCAUCGCUCAGGCCGAUCAAGGACGACUUUAUCGUGCGCGAGAUCAUCGCCGCCGUCGAGAGCUACGAGCACAUGAACUCAUACGCGGAGAGAAUGGAGGCGCAGCGUGCGGCUGCCACUGUGGCGAGUUCGGCUGGCGAGGCAGGCGGCGGCGUUGAGCCGGCUGCAGUGAUGGGCGGCGGGAAGGGCAAGACCAAGUGGACGAAGGGCGGCAAGGCUGUCGCGGCGCCUUCCAAGUCCAACACUCCGACCACACCUCUGUCGCAGCGAGACGGCGCCGGAACCCCUUUCGACUUUCCCCUUCACGGCGCCGCAGCACCGGCUCAGCACAAGUCGCCCCCUCUUGGAACGGCCUUUGUCGACAGUAACGACUGGAACGGCGCCGACCUCUCGUACUACCCGCAGCUCGAAGCGCAGCUCUCGUACGCGGUGCACGAUGGCUCGACCUCUUACGACCGCCCGCCUGUCGCCGCAGCCGCGAACGACAGUCUGUUCCCCGUCAAAGAGCUCCGUGACGUCGCUUCGCAUGCGGAGCAGGCGGUUCACCGCCGCAUGGUUUCCUCUUAUGCGUCGCUUGAACCGGGUCAUCCUGUGACUGGGCCUUCGACUGGCUUCCCGACGUCGUCGUCAGUCCAGAGCGACGCCUACAGCUCGCAGACGCCGUACAGCACGGGCGCGUCCGCCUUCACGCGCAACCGGCACGUCUCGCACGACCCGCGCCUCCAGACCGUCCAGCAUGAUCCGCCGCGCCAUCUGCCGGCGAUGCAGCCCGCCUUCACGAGCCGAGCCCCACACUCGCACCGAUUUUCGCGAGCCGUUGCGCAGGGGACGCAUGCGCUCCCGUUCGCUGGGGCCGGUUCAUCGUCGACAACGGCCGCACCGGCUUCGUGGCAUCCUUCGCAGGCAGCGACGGGUCGGCGGGACUCAGCAAUCGACUUGCUCGGAGAAGCGGCGUCGCUUGUCGAAGGCCGUCGCGACCAGCAGCCGUUCACCGCGCCUUUCGAUGCACAGACGGACUCGGUGCAUGCCUUUUCGACAACCCCGUCGAUGCAGCGCGCCGUCUUUCAGCCGUCGUCGUGGGCGCAGUCCACCUCGCACGACCCGGUCCAACGCCUCUCCGCCGGCUACCUCGUCGACCCGUCGCCUGCCUCGCAUCGUCCCAAGCUCCAGCAUCAGCCCGCCUCCUACCCCUUGGCUCACCGCUCGACGCCUUACGCGAACUCCCAGCUUCCUCUGAUCGACGAAGUCGGCGCCGGACCUUCUCGCCCCGCACAUCUUCCGCCGACGCCGUACUCUACCGUCCCGGGCUACGAGUUCGACAUACCUUCGAACGGUGCUCAAGGCUACACGACACAGCAGUACCGCCAGUCGUCCGUCUCGCAAUGGCGUUCGACCGAGUCGCAAGUCACUUCCUACUCCUCCUCGCAAGCCUAUCCAACACCUGCGCCUCCGUCGACCGGUCACUUCUCGACUUCGAACGCGGCGUAUGAAGGCUUCGACGAACGCUACAACUUCGGAGCGACCCAGGCGCCCAGGCCGUCCGACUCGACCGCACCCGCAUCCAUCGGUCUCGGCAUCCAGCUUGACUGA